GAGCAUCACAGAGGGAUGAGGCGCGGCUGCAAAACAGGGGGAAGCGAAUCUGAGAACCUGACCCAAGCAAGGCAGGACACAUCUGAGAAGCUGGCCCUUCAGAAUCAUGGAUUCUGUCUUUACCUCCUCUAUUCCUACCAUGUGUCAAAGCUUGAACCUGUCCUUCUUCUGUCAACAUGACCCGAACUCCACAACUCUGUCUUCCAUCAAUGCACCAAACUUUGGUUUGUCCUAUUUCACCAUGACUUUCGGGAUUCUUUCAAACCUUAUUGGCCUGGCCAUCGUCUCCGCGUCCUAUACCCGCUUUCACCACCGAGCCAAGACACCGUUUCUGUUGCUAGCAGCUGCUCUGCUUUUAAGCGACCUGGCGGGUCAUUUGGUCACCGGUGCGUUCGCCUUGCACCUGCAUCUAGGAAGAGUCAGAAGGCAACGAUCAUCCAGCAGGGAAGCGAAUGAGCCCCCUCAGAUUUUUUGCAAAGUUUUUGGUGCCUGUAUGGUCUUUUUCGGCUUGACUCCUCUCCUCUUGGGUAGUGCCAUGGCCGUGGAGCGAUGCAUGGGCAUCACACAACCGAUCCAGCACUCUGCUGUAGCCACCACAGCCCAUAUUCGCCUUGGUGUCCUCCUGCUAAUCACCAUGGCGCUUACUUUAGCAGCGCUUCCCUUGCUUAAUGUGGGUACCUAUGAACCUCAGUUCCCUGGUACCUGGUGUUUUCUUCCAGUACAAGGUGCUCUCUCGAGUGCGGAUGCCGGACUGGCGUUGGCCUUCUCGAGUCUGGGACUGACAGCUCUAACAGUCUCUGUACUGUGUAAUGCUGUGAGUGGGCUGACGUUACUGCAAGCCAGGUUUAACAACCAAGGAGCAAAACUCACCGCCUCCAGGAGACGCCGAUCGUCCAUGUCAUCUGUGCAUUCGCUGGAUGUGGAGAUGAUGGUGCAGCUUGUGGUCAUAACCGUGGUGUCCUCUGUCUGCUGGAGCCCCUUCCUUAUUUACAUCUUCAUGUCAGUGAGACAAUUCUACCGAGGCAAAACGGAUCCAGACCCACAGUAUAAGCACCUCCUUCUGCUUUGUUUGAGGAUGGCAUCCUGGAACCAAAUCCUGGACCCAUGGGUGUAUAUCCUUCUGAGACGGGCCGUGCUGCGGCGAGUGUGUGGUCUGCUUUGGCCCAGCAGGGUGAUUUUAAACCAGAGCAGCUCGUACAGAAGUUCAGAGCGACAGGAAUUCCAUUUGCACUGA